CCCAGGCCUCGGCCCGCGCCGCCCCAUGUGACCCGGUCCGACAUGGUGUCGCCUCCUCCUGGGGCGGCGGCGGCGGUGGCGGCGGCUCGGGCUUGGCUCUGCGUCGGGCCGGCUCCGCGGCCGCUCAUGGGCAGCCAGGGCGGCUUAGGGCCCCCCGGGAACGGCGGGCCUGGCGAGGGCGAGAGCGGGGAGACGAGGAAACUGCAGGAAGGGAGAGCCGCGAGGGGAAAGCGGAGGAAAGGAAAGGGGAAGGGGAAAGCAGGAGCAGGGCAAGGCGGAAGAGGAAGCGGGGCGGAAGGGAAGCCGCAGCCGCCACAGGCGAAGGAGGCAGCGGGGCUGGGGGCCGAGGCGGGAGAGAGGGCAGGCCUGGGAAAGGUAGGAGAGGGAGGCGGAAGCGUAGAGGAAGGGGCGAGAAGGAUCGUCAGGGGAGAUGAGGGGAGCGCAGGGGCGCGGAAGGAGGCCAAAGGAAGAUAUGAUGGGAAGAAGGAGUGGAGGGUCAGAACUGGACAGCGGGAGGAGGCCAGGCCGGCGAGAGCACAGGGACGAGGGUGUCAGGCUUGGGGCCGCCUCGCUGGGACAGGGGCGGCCAUGGCGGCGGCGGCUGAGGAAGAGGCGGGAGCCCGGGAGCCUGCCGGCCGCCCCGCCGCGGGGCCCGCGCUCCUGCGCCUGCCGGAGGAGCUGCUGCUGCUCAUCUGUUCCUACCUGGACAUGCAGGCCCUCGGCCGCCUGGCUCAGGUGUGCCGCUGGCUGCGGCGCUUCACCAACUGCGACCUGCUCUGGCGCCGGAUAGCCCGGGCCUCGCUCAACUCCGGCUUCACGCGUCUCGGCACCGACCUGAUGGCCAGUGUACCAGUGAAGGAACGGGUGAAGGUAUCUCAGAACUGGAGGUUGGGGCGCUGCCGAGAGGGGAUUCUGCUGAAGUGGAAAUGCAGUCAGAUGCCCUGGAUGCAGCUAGAGGGUGAUUCUCUGUACAUAUCCCAGGCUAAUUUCAUCCUGGCCUAUCAGUUCCGCCCAGAUGGUGCCAGCUUGAACCGGAGGCCCCUGGGAGUCUUUGCUGGGCAUGAUGAGGACGUUUGCCACUUCGUGCUGGCCAACUCGCAUAUUAUCAGUGCAGGAGGAGAUGGGAAGAUUGGCAUUCAUAAGAUUCAUAGCACCUUCACUGUCAAGUACUCAGCCCAUGAACAGGAGGUGAACUGUGUGGAUUGCAAAGGGGGCAUCAUUGUGAGUGGCUCCAGAGACAGGACGGCCAAGGUAUGGCCUUUGGCCUCAGGCCGGCUGGGGCAGUGCUUACACACCAUCCAGACUGAAGACCGAGUCUGGUCCAUUGCUAUCAGCCCAUUGCACAGCUCCUUUGUGACAGGGACAGCCUGUUGUGGGCACUUCUCACCCCUAAGAAUCUGGGACCUCAACAGCGGACAGCUGAUGACGCACCUGGGCGGUGACUUUCCCCCAGGGGCGGGGGUGCUGGACGUCAUGUAUGAGUCCCCUUCCACACUCCUGUCCUGUGGUUACGACACCUACGUUCGCUACUGGGACCUCCGAGCCAGUGUCCGGAAGUGUGUCAUGGAGUGGGAAGAGCCCCACGACAGCACGCUGUACUGCCUGCAGACAGACGGGAACCACCUGCUGGCCACUGGCUCCUCCUACUACGGUGUGGUGCGACUGUGGGACCGGCGCCAAAGGGCCUGCCUACACGCCUUCCCUCUGACGUCGACGCCCCUCAGCAGUCCUGUGUACUGCCUGCGCUUCACCACCAGGCAUCUCUACGCUGCGCUGUCUUACAACCUCCAUGGCCUGGACUUUCAAACGCCGUGACAGGGCCACCCCAGCCUGUGGGGAGAGAAGCCAGCUACUCAGGGACCUCUGCUGUCUGCAGCGUGCAGUGAUACCUCCUCCCUGGCCCCGCCUGUGUUCCUAGACCUGUGACCAUGGUACUCAGGCACCGUAAGAUAAAGGCUGCUGACUCCUGGGCACUGGGGUUACCCAGGGGUGCAAUCCCUCUCAGGAACCAGGUGGAAGGAAGGGACCUUCUGCUGCUCAGCUGAGCUUAGCCGGGCCUCGCUUCCCUGUUGGCCAGAGCAAGGAUCUGGCCGGGGGAGAGAGGCCCACCCCUUCUUAGAGCCGGGCCAGCUCACCACAAGAGUGAGGUGAGAUGCUCCAGCCUUCCCAGUUGGGCCCUUCCUGCCCCUUCCCUGGAAGGAGAGGGGAGGCUGCCAAUACUCUGUGACACCAGCCUCCACCUCAGUCAGACCCCACCUUUGACCAAGCUCUAGGGCUGGGGACUCACUCCUGGGGUACUGUGUGGCCUGGUCUUGCUUUGAAACCAAGAAAGGACAAAGGGAACCCUGAAAUUUUGAAUGAGUUCUGAGCCAGUCCAACCUCAGGCUAGCUGUGGAGACAUGCUAAAAUGUUCAUUUUGUAGAAAUAAAGCUUGACUGUUCACAGAUCUGGUUCCUCCCUGGCUGGCAAGACCCCAGGGAGAAGGAACAGCAGAUUUAAACUUGGGUCUGGGCAUGCUAGGGAAGGGUACAAUCUCCUGGCUCAGUGUCUCAGAGAACAAACGUUUCUUUUCUUCAGGAAAACCUCUCAUUACCCCCUCCACCACUUUGGCCCUGGUGGUAGGCUGGGUGUCAUCUGUGGGGUAUGGAGGGGGACGGUGGAAAGGCUCCUGGCUGCUAAGCUGCUGUCCGCCUGCAGUGACCUCCUUCACCCUACUCCAGCGCUCCACAAUGCUGCAACCCUUAGGCUGGCUUUACACCCACAGCAUCUUAAUAUCCUGGGCUGUUUCCAGGUUUUCUGCAGUUUAAAAUCUUCCUCACUCACCCUUCACUUAGGGUUUACAAGGUAAGGUAGCACAGGGGCCCUUCCAGCCUGGUUUUCCUCUGAGUUUAUGCAAACAGGUUGGGGAAGAUGCCCUGUCCUGCUGGGGUCAGGGCUCCCUGAUCCUCUUCUCCAUCUAAGACCCAUACCUCCCUUUAUGUGUUUAUGUGGAAGGUUCUAUAUUGAAGGUCCCUAGGCUAGAGGAGAAGGAAAUGUCAUCACCAGCACCCUCCCUGGGGGGCAGAAGCAUCAAAGGUGGACAAGAGGGCAGUGCACCCACAGUGACUCAGAAUUAUUUUACUCAGGAGAGAAGACCACGACUCAGGGGCUAGGAGUGCCCAAGCCUUGAAGUCUCAGAGGCCUCUACAGGAAGAGCCUCACCCACACUCAGCGCUGCAAGUGCAGGCCUCAGGGGUCCGCUACUGAGUCUUGCAGUCCCCGUCACUGCUGUGUGCUGUCUUUACCUUCUUCAGCUCCUUCUGCAGGUUUGACUCAGCUACUAGAACCUCCUUUGGCUUCUGGUACUGUGGAUGGAGCCAAGGAGAGGACAUGAUUCAGUCACAUCACCCCUCUCUACGCACACGCGCACACACACACUCUCCCUCCCUCCCUCUCACCCUUCCUCCCUCUCUCUUCCUC